AUGACAACAGCUGGCCGAGAGGACUGCGCCACAGCUGGUCGCGCCAGCGCCUUGUGUUGCAAAAACUUGGCCAUAACCAUUCUGACGUCGGAACGAUGUUAUGAUGAAGUCUGUGAUCGUGAGCUGGAGGCGUCUUCUUCGUCUGCUCCAGUGCCCACGGUCUCUUUAGCCAAUCGAGUCGAAAUGCCUCUGCUAGGAUUAGUCGCUUUGUAUUUUCGAUCUGCUGACGUCUUCAUGAUGCAGACUCUGCACGUGAACGAGCGAACGCCGGCGCUAAAAUGCAGAUGGUCUGAUGGAAUGUGGGCACGGAGAUAG